CGGCGAGGAUGGCCGGGUUUGCGGAACUCGGGCUGUCGUCGUGGCUGGUGGAGCAAUGUCGGCAGCUGGGUUUGAAGCAGCCCACGCCUGUGCAGCUCGGCUGCAUCCCUGCCAUCCUGGAGGGUCGGGACUGCUUGGGCUGUGCCAAGACAGGUAGCGGCAAGACUGCGGCAUUUGUCCUGCCCAUCUUGCAGAAGCUGUCUGAGGAUCCCUAUGGCAUCUUCUGCCUUGUGCUGACACCCACCAGGGAGCUGGCCUACCAGAUUGCAGAGCAGUUCCGGGUUCUGGGGAAGCCUCUGGGCCUGAAAGACUGCAUCAUCGUCGGUGGCAUGGACAUGGUGGCCCAGGCACUGGAGCUCUCCCGGAAACCGCAUGUAGUCAUCGCCACACCAGGGCGCCUGGCUGACCACCUCCGCAGCUCCAAUACCUUCAGCAUAAAGAAGAUCUGCUUCCUGGUGAUGGACGAGGCUGACCGGCUGCUGGAGCAGGGCUGCACCGACUUCACUGUGGACCUGGAAACCAUCCUGGGGGCUGUGCCAGCCCGCAGGCAGACGCUGCUCUUCAGUGCCACGCUGACUGACACACUCAGGGAGCUGCAGGACCUGGCCACCAACCAGCCCUUCUUCUGGGAGGCACAAGCCCCGGUGCGCACUGUGGAGCAGCUGGACCAGCGCUACCUGCUAGUGCCCGAGAAGGUCAAGGAUGCUUACCUGGUGCACCUGAUCCAGAACUUCCAGGAUGAGCACGAGGACUGGUCCAUCAUCAUCUUCACCAACACAUGCAAGACCUGCCAGAUCCUGUGCAUGAUGCUGCGCAGGUUUGGCUUCCCCACCGUGGCCUUGCACUCCAUGAUGAAACAGAAAGAACGCUUUGCUGCCCUGGCCAAGUUCAAGUCCAGCAUCUACAGGAUCCUGAUUGCAACAGAUGUGGCAUCCAGGGGCCUGGACAUCCCCACAGUGCAGGUAGUCAUCAACCACAACACCCCUGGACUCCCCAAGAUCUACAUCCACCGCGUCGGCCGCACGGCCCGUGCAGGACGGCAGGGACAGGCCAUCACGCUGGUGACGCAGUAUGACAUCCAUUUGGUACACGCCAUUGAAGAGCAGAUCAAGAAGAAGCUGGAGGAAUUUUCCAUAGAGGAGGCCCAAGUGCUGCAGAUCCUCACGCAGGUCAACGUGGUGCGGAGGGAGUGCGAGAUUAAACUGGAGGCGGCCAACUUUGAUGAAAAGAAGGAGAUCAACAAGCGGAAGCGGCUGAUCCUGGAGGGGAAGGACCCCGACCUGGAGGCCAAGCGCAAGGCUGAGCUGGCCAAGAUCAAGCAGAAGAACCGGAGCUUCAAGGAGAAGGUGGAGCAGACAUUGCAGCGGCAGAAAGCCGGCAGGGCUGGCUGCAAGGGGCACCCACCCAGCUCCCCACCUGAGUCCUGCUGUGGCCCGGCACCCACCCAGGGCCCAGCCUGAGUUCCACACGGCCCCCACCUGCCCAGUCUAGGACUCCUUCAUUGAGCUGAGGGUCUCAGGGACCUCCUGCGGGGGCAGUUGUCCUCCCGGGGCCUGCCCACGGAACCCGAGGACGCACCAGCCCCUCCACCCCAUAGCACCCACUGGCCCAUUCCUGGAGCCUCAGCUGAGAGUGAGGCUGCUGAGGAAAGAACACAGUUGCGAGGCUGGACCCAGCUCAUGUGCACUGACCCUCGCACAGCGUCACCUCCCAGGGGUACCAUGGAGCCCUGGGGGCAGCAUGCUGUGUACGGGAGGUGCUCAAUAAAGGGGACUUACAACUUC